AUGGAAAUCUUCCUGUGGUCAGGCUCCACGAUUACACUGAAUUGGAUAAAUUCAGCUUCCAGAAAGUGGGAGGUAUUCGUGGCCAACCGGAUUGGGGAGAUACAACGUACAACCGAAGUAAGGGACUGGCGGCACAUUGCCUCAGCCGACAAUCCGGCCGACAUCUUGUCGCGCGGACUCUACCCAUGUGAACUAGAGGACGCGGGCUUGUGGUGGCACGGCCCUGCAUUCCUGCAAUCUCACAAGAAUUGCUGGCCAAGCGGAGACUUCACCCGCCUGGGGGGCGAGGUUCCCGAAGAGCGAAGAACAGUAGCGGUCGUCCUCAUCGCCGACUGUUCGAUCAUCAACGAACUACUGGAAAAACAUUCCAGCCUUAACAAAGUAUGCCGCAUCCUGGCGUAUUGCCUCCGAUGGCGCCAGAGGCAUCGAUCGAGCGCACCGACGAAAUUCGUCUCACACGGCGAGGUAACUUACGCCCUCGAAGUCGCGUGUAGAGCGGUGCAGAAGGCAGCUUUCCCCAACGAAUACAACCAGCUAAGCAAGAAUGGAACCAUCAGCGCAUCUAGUAGACUGCUGCCUCUAGCUCCCUUCCUCGAUAAGGACGGAUUAAUUCGUGUAGGGGGGAGGUUAAAAAAUUCUGGUUUGCAAUUCGACGCGUGUCAUCCCAUAUUGCUUCCGCGUGAGCAUGAACUAACGAAACGCGUAAUAAGCCAAGAGCACGUGCGCAGCCUGCAUGCGGGAGCACAAGCCACUAUGGCCGCUGUCAGACAGCGUUUUUGGCCACUUUCCCUUCGUUCCGCCGUGCGAAAAAUUGUUAGAAAUUGUGUGAUAUGCUUCAAGGCCAGACCGAUUCAGUCGGAGGCUUUAAUGGGCUCGUUGCCGACCAGCCGCGUCACCGUAUCAAGGCCAUUCUCGCAGUGUGGCGUGGAUUACGCCGGCCCGAUCAUUUUAAGGGAGGGAAAACGACGCAACGCCCGCAACCACAAGGCGUACAUUUCGAUUUUCGUAUGUUUCGCAACGAAAGGUGUUCACAUCGAAUUGGUGAGCGAUUUAACCUCCGAGAGUUUCGUGGCGGCGUUGCGGCGUUUAAUUUCCCGAAGAGGCAAGCCCUCUUGUAUAUAUUCCGACAAUGGCACCGCCUUCGUCGGGGCCUACAAGCAGCUUAAGGAAUUUUAUGAAUUCCUGAGCGAUACUCAAACGCAGAGCGAUGUACAGCAAUUCCUUCGCGAACAACAAACGACGUGGAAUUUUAUUCCCCCGAACGCGCCGCAUUUUGGCGGCCUAUGGGAAGCCGCUGUAAAGUCAGCCAAGUACCACAUGUCGCGAAUCAUCGGUAAGGCCCAUUUGACAUUCGAAGAAAUGUCGACAGUGCUGUGCGAGGUGGAGGCAAUUCUCAAUUCCCGGCCGCUCACGCAGCUGAGCUCUGAUUCAAACGACUUGGCAUAUCUUAGUCCAGGCCAUUUUCUAAUCGGUGCCCCGCUCAACAGCAUUCCUUGCCACAAUGUGCAGGACAUAAAUGAAAACCGGCUAACACGCUGGCAGAGAGUGGAGCAAAUACGCCAGCAUUUUUGGCAAAGAUGGAGUAAUGAAUAUCUCCACUCCCUGCAGGAGCGAACCAAAUGGAGACUCAAUAAGGGCAUGCAGUUGAAACCGAACCAACUGGUGCUCAUUCGACAACAGGGCUUGGCUCCUUUACAGUGGCUCCUAGGUAGAGUGCAGGAAGUGCACACCGGUUCCGAUGGCGUCACGCGCGCCGCUACCGUCCGUACGGCCAAGGGGUCAUUAACAAGACCCUUGUCCAAACUAGCGAUAUUACCGAUAGACGUAGGUAUGGAUUAA